GCAAUUGGCCGACGCACAAGGAAGAGAGCGGAAACUUUGUUUAUAAACAGAAAGUUCCCACCAGGCGCGGUUUUUUUUUUCUUCGUAUCGCAUUUUUAUCGACACGACAAGGCGGUACUCGUGACGAAAGUAACGCGUUAAUCCAGUUUUCCGGUGAGGCUCCUGGUUCUUCCGGGUGAUCCUCAGCCAGCAGAGGUGAAGUCUGCUGUUCUGGUUGGGUGCGAGCAAUAAAUAGCCUUGUGUCCUGGGUGUGGAGCAGCAGAGCGCCCCUAGGGAGGAAGCAGAGUAGAGCACGAGCCUUCCGGGAGCCACAGCAUGAGCAACCAGGGUGAAAAGCUGCUGCCACUGCGGCGCCUGGAGGCACCAAUCCACAAGUUCAUCAAAGUGGCUAUCCCAACAGACCUAGAGAGACUGCGUAAGCACCAGAUGAACAUUGAGAAGUACCAGCGCUGCAAGCAGUGGGAUCGCUUGCAUCAAGAGCACAUCAACGCCAGCCGCACAGUGCAGCAACUGAGAGCAAACCUGCGGGAGAUGGAGACGCUGUGUGGACGGGUGCGGAGGGAGGACGCACGGGCCCUAGAGAAGCUGGUGCAGCCCAUCAGGGAGCAUGCCUCCAAAGCCGCCCAUGACUUUCUGAAGCUGCAUGCUGAGACAGCUAACGUGCAGCCGGCCGCACCGCCUGCACCGCCCACGAACUCUGAGGAGGCCCUUGGAGGAGGACCCACCGCACAGGGCCUUGUGUCUGGUAGUGAGGAAGACAAGGGCCCCGAACCAGCUCAGGUUCAGCUCCAGCUACCAGAGAUCCCUCAGGACCAGAAUGCAGCUGAGUCCUGGGAGUCGCUGGAGGAGGACCUGCUGGAACUGAACGGCCUGGUAAACGAAUUCUCGGAGCUGGUGCAUUCCCAACAGGAGAAGAUUGACAGCAUCGAGGACCACGUCAGCGCCGCUGCUGCAAAUGUGGAGGAAGGGUCCCAGAGCCUAGGGAAGGCUGUUAAGUACAAGAUGGCAGUAUUGCCAGUGGCGGGUGCCCUGCUGGGCGGGGUUGUGGGCGGGCCCUUGGGGCUGUUGGCUGGAUUCAAGAUAGCGGGCGUGGCAGCCGCUGUGGGAGGUGGCGUGCUGGGCUUUGCUGGCGGGAACCUCAUCCAGAAGAACCGCCGGGCCAAGGUGGACCUUCAGCUCCAGGGCCUCUCCAGUAGCAGGCAGGAGGCGGACUGUAAGGAUAAGUGAGUUGGCUGAAGGGUGUUUGAAGGUGGGAGGAGUCUGCCUGCCCCCAUCUGCUGACUCGUCCUCUGCUCCACCUUCUCCUUCUGUGUGAAAUUCUGAGGCUGAACACGAAUGGAUGUUAUUGGAUGAAGCAUCCCAGCUUCUCUGUCCUGGCCCUGCUGGAACUCAACCCGCAAACUACAGCCCAGGACUGCGGUUCGCAUACUGGUGCUCUGUCUGAGAGAGAUGCACUGUUGGGUAACCUCAGAUGAGUUCCUGAAAUGCAACUGCUACACCUUCUGAAUGAUCCUGUUUUUGACCUUCUCCAAGAUGGUGAGAUAUUUCUUCACACACCUGGGACGUGGGCUGCCUGAUUUCCGAUGACACUGGAUGAAGUUCUUCUCUGCUGAUGUGUAACACUGUGGAGAGGAAGCAAUACAGACACCACUCUGGAGAUGCAGAUAAGGAUACAGGUUUAGGGUUCAACCCCGAGUGGCCGUAUUUCUUCCGAGUGAAAAUCCCUCUCCCGGUUACCUGAGCACAUCUUAACUGUGAAACCUCAAACACCUACCUGUCCAUCCGACAUCCUCUCCUUCAUGCCCACGUCUUCCUCUCUGUCCAAACUCUUGGGUUCGAUUCAUUCAGACACAGUAAUGUGGUAGCACGAAGGUAACAGAUGAUGCUUCUACUCGCACAGGAGUGUAGUGACGUUUGGUUUCAUCCCAAGAGAUUUUUACUCCUUUACGGUAGAGCCCCUGGGCUCUCCUUGCCUUAACUGGAGCCAGUGUGGGGGCUGAUGCCAGGGACAGGUGGACAGUGGACACCUGGAUUGCAGUAAGUGUCUACAGAGGUACAGUACAUGCUGUCUGGGGCAAAGAGCCACAUCUGGUAUCAACGCCCACGCUUUAUGGUCACCCACACUUACUCCCCUCACUAAAUCUAUUAAUAUUGAUUUGGACUUGCUGCUGAGAGCUUUCCAAAGAAACUUGGGGAAACUGUUAAAGGACCCCUUUCCAUUCUGUUGACUUUUUCCUUUACAAAAUGAUCCUGUACUCUUGUGAGCCAACUUUAUUUUGCACUUCUCAUUUUUUGCACAUUUUGCCUUCUUAGAGUUACAGCCAAUUAACUCAGUUGUUGGCCAUUGACAUACAGCUUUAAAAUGUGUGAGUGAGUGGAACGAGGCAUUUUCAGAUUAUGCCUGACCUUUAAAGAGAUCUGUAACAGAGAGCAGUCUGCUUAAGAUGUCUGUUUCAAGGGGGUGAGAGAAUCAUCUGUCGUGGGGUGGCCAUGGGCAGCCCGAGUGGUUUGGGGCUACAGGGCAUCUCAUCCUGGGGGCUGACAGAAUUAACAUAACAGGAGUCUAACUGCUCCUCCUAGCAGGGCUACAUUUUAAUUGUGAACAAAGUCUGGGGUCAAGAUGCUGUGGCACUUCUGCUAUAGAGUGACUUGAGUUGAACCUGCAGCGGUUGAUGUUUGAACUGCCAAAAAUAAAGUUCUUUUUUU